CGACGACGUGUCCGAGGUGGACGCCAGGCACAUCAUCGAGAACGCCAAGCAGGACGUGGAUGAUGAGUAUGGGGUGUCGCAGGCGCUGGCACACCGGGGCCUGCAGUCCUACUACGCCGUGGCCCACGCCGUCACCGAGCGGGUGGACAAGCAAUCCACGCUCAUGGUCAACGGGGUCCUCAAGCAAUACCAGAUCAAGGGGCUGGAGUGGUUGGUGUCCCUGUACAACAACAACCUGAAUGGCAUCUUGGCCGAUGAGAUGGGGCUGGGCAAGACCAUCCAGACCAUUGCUCUCAUCACGUACCUCAUGGAGCACAAACGCAUCAAUGGGCCCUUCCUCAUCAUCGUCCCGCUCUCAACUUUGUCCAAUUGGGCCUACGAGUUCGACAAGUGGGCUCCUUCCGUGGUGAAGGUCUCGUACAAGGGCUCGCCAGCAGCCAGACGCGCCUUUGUCCCUCAGCUCCGCAGCGGGAAGUUCAACGUCCUGCUCACCACUUACGAGUACAUCAUCAAGGACAAGCACAUCCUGGCCAAGAUCCGAUGGAAGUACAUGAUCGUGGACGAGGGCCACCGCAUGAAGAACCACCACUGCAAGCUCACGCAGGUGCUCAACACACACUACGUGGCCCCGCGGCGGCUCCUGCUCACCGGGACCCCGCUGCAGAACAAGCUCCCGGAGCUCUGGGCCCUCCUCAACUUCCUGCUCCCGACCAUCUUCAAGAGCUGCAGCACCUUCGAGCAGUGGUUCAACGCUCCCUUCGCCAUGACGGGCGAGAAGGUGGACCUGAACGAGGAGGAAACAAUCCUGAUCAUCCGGCGCUUGCACAAGGUGCUGCGGCCCUUCCUGCUGCGCCGCCUCAAGAAGGAAGUGGAAGCACAACUGCCCGAGAAGGUGGAAUAUGUGAUCAAGUGCGACAUGUCGGCGCUGCAGCGCGUCCUCUACAGGCACAUGCAGGCCAAGGGUGUGCUCCUCACCGACGGCUCCGAGAAGGACAAGAAGGGUAAAGGAGGCACCAAAACCCUCAUGAACACCAUCAUGCAGCUGCGGAAGAUCUGCAACCACCCCUACAUGUUCCAGCACAUCGAGGAAUCCUUCUCGGAGCACUUGGGCUUCACAGGAGGCAUCGUGCAGGGGCUGGAUUUGUACCGCGCCUCUGGGAAGUUCGAGCUCCUCGACAGGAUCCUUCCCAAGCUCCGAGCCACCAACCACAAGGUGCUGCUCUUCUGCCAGAUGACCUCCCUCAUGACCAUCAUGGAAGAUUACUUCGCCUACCGCGGGUUCAAAUACCUCAGGCUGGACGGGACCACGAAGGCCGAGGACCGGGGCAUGUUGCUGAAGACGUUC